GUCCUCGCAGCUCGCGUUUGCCGUCAAUCCUUUGAGCAGUCGGGUGCAACCAGGAGUGCCCGGGGCCGUGGGUUUAUUUUCCCCCGGGAGUCGGAAUCGGUCACCAACGAACAAUCCCAGCUUUCAGAAGAUGCUCUUCUUUCUGCUGCCUCUCGCGGCUCUCUUGCUGGGCAGAGAAGCGGUAGUCUCCGGUAACAGCAACGACAAAUGGCUGAGCACCGUGGCUCAGUACAACAAGGACAGAUCCUGGAACAGAUUCAGAGAUGAAGUGGAGGAUGACUACUUCAAAAGCUGGGCUCCUGCCAAGUCUGCAGACCAAGUGCGAGAGACUCUACCUGGUAGAUCCGUCGAGUCGGGAGCUAAAAGCCAUUCUGCCUUGGCCAAGAAAACCAUACAGGAUGGCCCAGACGCCACCAAGGAUCCCUGUCUGAAGGUGCACUGUCCUCCUCACAAGGUGUGCGUCAGCCAUGACUACCAGACAGCCAUCUGCACCAAUCACAAGCAGCCAGCUCACAGUGUGAAGCCCAGGAAGGGUAGUAUAGGACACAAGCACACCCUCGAAGCUGGCGCUCAUGGGAAAUGUAGGCUGUGCUCAGGCCUUCAGUCGACGCCCGUGUGUGGAUCUGAUGGACACACCUACUCCUCCAAGUGUAAGCUGGACUUCCAGAGCUGCCUCUCUGUGAAGACAAUCACAGUAAAAUGUGAUGGUCUGUGUCCCUGUCUGCCUGGUCAGGAGUUCAGCAAUCCACUGCACAGCGCUGACAAGCCUGCCUGCACUGACACAGAGCUUCACAGUCUGGCUGCCAGGCUGAAGGAUUGGUUCAGAGUUCUUCACCUUGACGCAAACAGAGAUCUCAAAUCCACUGACAGCUUCGACUCUGCCACUGGACACUUUGACACCAGCAUCUUGCCCAUUUGUAAGGACUCGCUGGGCUGGAUGUUCAACAAGCUGGACAUGAACUUUGACCUCCUGCUGGACCAGUCAGAGCUGAGCGCCAUCUACCUUGACAAGUAUGAACUGUGCAUGAAGCCCCUCUUCAACUCGUGCGACUCCUUCAAGGACGGCAAGCUGUCCAACAACGAGUGGUGCUACUGCUUCCAGAAACCUGAAGGGCUGCCCUGUCAAACCGAGAAGAGCAGGAUCCAGAAUCAGAGUCGAAGGAAGAGCCUCAUAGGCUCUUAUAUCCCUCGCUGCACUGACGAGGGAUACUUCAAACCAACCCAGUGUCACGGCAGCACUGGCCAGUGUUGGUGUGUGGACAAAUAUGGCAAUGAGAUUGCUGGCUCCAGAAAACAGGGCAACCCCAACUGCGACGAGGAUGCGGAGUCAUCAGGGGACUUUGGCAGCGGCGGUGCGGUCAUCCUCCUCGAUGACCAGGAGGAAGAGACGUCACCGAGCGUCCGGAGCCGGCAGAAGAAAAGACGGGGCCGGAUCCACCCAAGAGGAGCCAUAGAGGAUGACGAGGACGAGGGAGACGACAAGGAUGAUGAGAUCGGCUACGUGUGGUAGCUCCGCUUCAUUUUACUCUGCCAUCAGCCCGACCAGGAAACUCCGUUAUCUCAGCACAGAUCUGAAGCCAUUCCAAUGUCUCUUUCUCCACUUGUUACCUUGGCAGCAGUCGAUCUUUUGGCUCCUUACCUUGCUCUUGUAAUCCCCGUCUCUUAUUCAGAUCUCUCUCUCUUCAGUCCACCUCCUCCAACCUCUUCCUUUUCAAGUGUUUCUUCAGACAGAAAACAGAGCGCCUGCUAGAUUUCAACAGCGGUCAUGGCCCCCGUUAGAUUCUGUCCACGUUCUGCUUCUACCUUCCCUCAGACCUCCUUGUGAUCUUUGACCUCUUUUAACAUGAACAUCCUUCUGUUCUCACCAUCACUUCCUCUCAUUCUGUCCUUCAACUCAUUCUGUCCCUCUUCUGUCUUGGUAUGUCCACGUCAGAGCCUCUGGACUGUCUGUGAGCGCAGAUGCAUUCAGCUGAUGUGUUGGAUGUGAAAUAUGUUUCCUGUAAAAAGGAGAGAAUGGAGAUUACGUCCCCCGUUCUUCCAUCAGCAGUUCAUUCUUCAUUCAUUCAUGCUCUGUGUACCACUGUCGGGCUCCUUAGGUGUUCGAUGAGGUUUCCACACAUUGCCACCACACUCCCAGGCAGAUGCUCCCCCCCCCACCCCUCCUUGUUAUCUCACGGACGAUUGUAAAUUACUUAAUCGUUGAUCUGGAAUGUCCAAGAAAGCCCAGGAAGCAAUGAGAUUAAUGAUAUAUUGUUGUUGUUGUUGCAUGUUUCUCAUCGUGUUUAUGUAAAAGAGAGAUUCCCUGGCCAGGUCUAGCUCUAUGCAUCUCAAACAGAAAGUGAUGCCUAUUUGGCUGCUACAAUACUUUGUUGCUAUGUCGAUGCUGUCUAGUGUCUUUUUGGUUCUUCUCCCAAUCUCAGGAGGUAGGAAAUUGCAUUGCAGAGCGAUAGCGGUGUAGAAAAGUGAACUGCAAGGCCUCCAGUCCAAAUCUGUGGUGUCUCAGCCAUCUAUUCUUUUACUGAUUGGUCUGUCGGGCUGUUGAGGCUGUUGAGGCUGUUUGACUGUGCAUGGACACUAAAGGAGAAAGCUGCUCCUGAGCUGGGAGGACACAUGAAGUUGUGCGAGCAGAGAAGAGGCUCUGUUCCGCCUCCCAACAUCGGAUAUGUCUAGUCAUUUGAAAGUGAAAACUUCACCAUGUCAAUUAAGUGAACUUUUAUUUGUAACUUUGACAAUUUAAUUAAAGUGGCACUUUGGGUGUCUUUUGAACCUUA